UUCAUGAAUGUCAAUCUAUCGGAUAUUGUAAAUUCGAAUAAAUUUAAAUUAAUUCUAGUUAAUAGGAUAAUUAAACAAAAAAAAAAAAAUAUAAAAGAUUUUUAAAAUGAUAGUAUAGUGGUAAAUGAUAACUUAUUCUUAAAUCAUGAUUCAUGCAUAAAAGAUACCAAUCGUAUGUGGAAAUGUUUAGACGACGAUUUUUGUAAAAUUCAAAAUUGCGAUUUUGAUUUCAUAUAUAGUCCAUCAAUCAGUGAAUUUUUUCGAAUCAAGAAAAUUAAUGAAAUCGAUCAUUCACAAUAUCAAUAUAGCAUGAUUUAAUAUGGAAAGCUAUAAACUCAAUUGAAUUUAAGUACUGCAUUAUACGAAUCAGACGCAUAUCGCACGUGAAUCACGUGAAUAUUCUAGGAAAUGAGUAAUACUGAUAACGCCUCGUGUUUUGUUCCUGAUUUCAAGUCAUAUUUUGAUGAAGAUAAUACAUUGAUGCGAAAUUUUUCGGGAAUGAAUUUACCCGAGAAGAUUUUAUUUGUAAUUGAUACAGCAAAAGAGAAAAAUUGUACUCCCUUUAAACUUUCUACAGGAGCUAGCUAUACUCCUUUAUUUAUGAUAAAACGAACUAUAGAAAAUUUUAUUUACAUUAAAUCUAUCAUUCAACAUAGUCAUGAAUAUGCAUUAAUGAUUUUGAACUCUCACAGCUCUAGGUGGAUAUGUGAUUUUACCAGUAAUACCAAUAGUAUUGUUAACCAUUUAAAUCUUAUUAAUGAUGAUUUUCUAGAGGAAGAUCAAAAGUCAUAUGACCUUGGACAAUUAUUUGAUGAAAUACAACAAAAAUUACUUCUAUUAACAAAGAAACAUGAGACUACUGUACCAACAUUUGUUAUCAGAGUAAUUUUAGUGUAUUCACGUUCCAACAGUAUCCCAAAAUUUCAUAUUGGUAAAAGAUCUUUAGAUACUCUUAUAAAAAAUCCAUAUUUUUUCAUAGAUGUAUUAUAUGUACAUGAGCCACCUUGUUCCGAAAAUUUAUGCGAAGAAAUUUAUUCUGAAAUAGCAACAUUGGAUACAACAAAUUUUUCAUAUAUAUUAGAAGUAGGAAGAAAUGCAGCAAAAUUACAUGAUAGUAUGGCUAAAUUAUUGGCACAUCCUUUACAAAGGCCACCACAAAAAGAUGUAUGUUAUACAAUUUGUUCACCUGCUUCUCAAGAAACUUGUAAUAAUGUUUAACUAUAUAAUCUUUGAAAGCUGUAAAAGUAGAUAUUAAUAAGUUUACAUAUAAUAUAAUCAUUGACAAUGCAAGCAAUAAAUAAAAAAUAAAUGAAUAAAUAAAAUAGAAAAUAU